AUGGCCGAGUUGGAACAAGCGAAGAGCAGGCUUGCAGAGGUUGAGAAUGUGUGGGUCUUUGCUCACGAAGACACUGUCACGGUCUUGGCGAACUUCUCGAUUCGCAUCGUGAACUUAUUGGCAGACGAAGACCGAUUAACGAGAGGACAUGUGGAGAAAAUAGAGGCUAUGGAUGUGGAAGCUACCUCUCUUCGGAAGAUGCUGAAGGAGGCCCCACAGCGGCAGCUGGAGUUCCGACGCGUCCGCGAUGUCGACGAUUUCUCGAGCAGGAUCCAUGUCUGCUCAGCUACGUUCUCCUGA